AUGCAAUCAAAUGGCACUGCAAAUAAGAAUGUUAAAAGUCAGAAGGAAAAUAUAACAUCAAACUAUUUAAUCAAACCAAGGGAGGAAAGAGAUCUUGAAGAAUUAUAUCCUGAUUUAGAUGAAAAUUCACUACUACCUGUAUAUAUAAUCAAUAAUGAAACUCAAUCCAACUUAGGAGAACUACAAGAUCAAGCACAAUCAAAUCAAAUAUCCAUUCCAAAAAAUGAUCAUUUAAAAGCUCCAGUAUUUGAAAAAAUUCAACCUAUAAUACCCAACCCUAAUAUCAAAUUUAAUAGACAACUUCAAGAAUAUGGUUUUCAAGAACCAAUAAAAACAAUUGAAAAAAACAUACAAAACACGUACAUACGACCGUUUCAACUACCUUUAAAUGCAAUUAAAUCAUCAAAUGAUAUAGAAACAUUAAUCCAACAAUUUUUAGAUAAGAAAAAAUUAUUAGUUGAUUAUGAUAUGGAUGAACAAGAUUAUUUAUUUUUAAAAGAUCGUAAUUCAAAUCAUAAAAAUAUUAUAAAAAUAACACCAGAAAUAUUUGAAAUUUUAAUAAGUUUAUUAGAAAAUGAAUGGAAAUAUUUAGAAGAUCAAAUGAAAUUAAUUAAUAAUUCUUUAAAUAAUCUGUUAAAUAAUGAUUUAAAUAAUCAAAAAAUUUUAACUAUUGGUCAUAAUAAUUCAAAAUAUGGAAAUGAUGAUGGAAUUGUUCCAGGUUCAAUAUAUGAUCAAAGAUGUGCAGUAUGUAAUGAUAGUGAUUGUGAUAAUACUAAUGCUAUAGUAUUUUGUGAUGGAUGUGAUAUAGCUGUGCAUCAAGAAUGCUAUGGAGUUGCUUUUAUACCUGAAGGUCAAUGGUUAUGCCGAAAAUGUAUGAUUAAUAAAAAUAAAACAAUUCAAUGUAUUUUUUGUCCAAGUACAACUGGAGCUUUUAAACAAUCAGAUAGUAGUUUAUGGAGUCAUGUUGUAUGUGCUUUAUGGAUUAAUGAAUUGUAUUUUGCAAAUCCAAUUUAUAUGGAACCUAUAGAAGGUAUUGAAAAUAUACCUAAAAGUAGGUGGAAAUUAACUUGUUAUAUUUGUAAACAAAGAACUGGUGCUUGUAUACAAUGUGCUGGAAGAAAUUGUUUUCAAGCUUAUCAUGUUACAUGUGCUAAAAGAGCUGGACUUCAAAUGGAUAUGACAAAGGGAGUUAAGGGAGCAAUUAAUGAUAAAUCAACAAUUAGAUCUUUUUGUGAAAAACAUGGUUCAACUACAAAUUCUAAUGCUGUUUUAGAAGGUAUAUAUAAAACAAGACAAUAUUUCAAAGAUACAAAGGUAUUAAAUGAACAGAAUGAGAGAAUUAGUAGUAAUGAAAAAGUAGCAAAUAAAUUAAACAUUUUUAAAUGGCAAACUGAACAAAGUACUCCCAUAGCUCCAAAAUUAUUUAGUGAUAAAUUAAUUGAAAUAAUGUAUGAAUUAAAAGUUGAAAAUCAAAUUAGUUUACCAGAAGAAUCAACAAAUCAAGUAUUAGGGUUAAAAGUAUUACCAAAUAGAACAAAAGAACAAACUUUUAAAGAUUUACAAAAUAUUUCAAAUGAAAUUUGUAGAUAUUGGUGUUUAAAACGGGAAUCAAAGAAUGGAGCUCCAUUAGUUUCAAAAAAUAAUAAUUUAAUAUCUGCUAGUUCUAUAUUAUAUAAUUCAUCAAAUAAUUUAGAAAUUGAAACUAAUAAUGAUAAUAAUAUUGAUAAUAAUAAAAAUAAUGAAUUACAAUUAAUGAAUGAAAAACUUGAAUUUGCAAAUACUUUAGUUGAUGAUUUAAAUAAAUUAAUAACAAUUAAUUCAAUGACUGUUGAAAGACAAAAUUUAUUUAAAGAUGAAAUUAAAUUAGAUUUAGAAUGUUUAGAAAUUGAAAAUUUUCCCAUUAGUAAAAAAAUUGAAGAAAUUUUAAAUAAAUUAAAUUUUAGAUUUGAUAAUACUCAAAUAAUUUUAAAUUAUCAACCAAAAAAUAAUAAUAUAAAUUCAUUGAAACAAAUAGUUGAAAAAAAUUUAAAAUUUAAAUACAAAUCCAUUGAUGAAUUUUCAAAAGAUAUAAAUGAUUUAUCAAAUUCAAUCAGUUUUGAGAAUAAAUCAAAUUCCAAAUUUUUUAAAAAAUGGAAAAAUUGGAAAAGGGCAUUUGAUAAUGAAUUGUAUGAUUAUAAAGAAGUUUUAAAAGAUAAUGAUUUAAGUGAAAUUGAAAUUGAUGAAAUUGAAUUAAAUCAUGAAAAUAAAAUAAUGUUUAAUAAUUUUUUGAAAAAUGGUUAA